CAUGCAUUAUUUCAUGGUAAAAAAUAAUAAGUACAUUUAAAAAAUGCUUACAUUUUCAGGACAUCCUUCAUCCAAAUUAUGUUUAGCCAGAGGGGUGACUCGUUAAAUAUCGUGUAAGUCAAUAAUUGUUGUUUAAAUGAGAUUAACUACAAGAGAUUAACCACAAGAACCCCCAGAAGAAAAAAACAGUGACGUUAAGAGCUGUGACACAAACUUCCUGUGAGAAAAACCAUUAAACCUCAGUUCCAUCUCAUUCAUUGUCUGACACAUCAGCAGCACCAGAGCAGCCCACAAGAGUGUGAUCCUCGUUUCCACGGAGACAUGAAGUGUCUGCAGCUCCUGAUGGUGUGCUGGUGCUCCAGCGUCCUCACAGUGAGCUGCUGCAUCACAGUUGAUGGAUAUUCAUGUGUGAGUGCCUACUGGGACACAGUUUCCUGUGUGGUGAACAUCACUGGAGACCCGGACACGGAACAGAGCAACAGCAGCUACAGCCUGAAGUUUACUGAGAACUGGAGUAACGUGACGUACACUUGUCCACUCACAGCAGAGACGCACAGUCACAGCUGUGUCUGCAAAGUCAACAAUGAUGAGAUAAUGGCCGAUUAUUUCAACUUCAAAAUACGAGUGUGCGAUGACGCUGGCUGCCAGUCUCUGAACGAGGCUUUCAACCCGACACAGAACAUUCAGCUGACAGCCCCGCGUGAGGUUAAUGUCACUCAAACACCAGAGGCUUUCAACAUCACGUGGAAGAGUGGUUAUGAAGAUCAUCUCUACCUCGCCGAAUUCCUCGUCUACGAGGUGCUGCUUUUCAAACCUCACAGCAGCGGCAAAUUGUUCAGCUUUACUGGGAAGUUUGGAUCCAUUCCAAGAUCACGACCUGAAGCGCCAGCGACAUAUUGCACGAAAGUGAGAUCAAAAACCUUUGAAUCGCAUUAUGUUCUAUAUCAUGGAACAUGGAGUCAAUGGAGUCGACCCACGUGUUGGGAGAAUGACAUGCAAGAAGCUUUCUCAGAACAAGAACAUCUAUUAGUCACUCUCACCAAAUUACUGGGCCCCAUGUGCGUGGUUAUGGGAGUUGUGCUGUGUGUAUUCUACAGCCCCACUGCAAGAAUGAAGAUAAAAACUUUGUCCCACACCCCGUCACCAGCACCUUUCUUCCAACCGCUGUAUCAACAACACGAUGGAAAUCUCCAGGAAUGGCUUGGCCCUCAAGGUAAAUUUGCACUAACAUACUCAACUGAUGAGAUCUUGAUAAGUGACGUGUUGAACGUCGUACACAAACCCAUCACGAAGGAUGCAGAAGAGAACCAGGACUUGUACAACCUGGCAGUGACGCCUCUGACCUUCAGUCAGUGUCACACCUCCUAUGUUGCUGCCCCUGGGGGCCCCCAGCCCCCGCCUGUCACUGUGCUGUGUCCCGCGGACACUCCUUACACUCAGCUACCCUGCUCCGUCUGGGGCUUUGGCAGCGAGGACGUUCAGGAGAAGCCGUCUCCACCUGAAGACUUCUUAGACACGAGCCAUGAAGACUCUGGCUGCAGCUGCAAGGACAUGACGCCGAGCCCAGAGUGCAGUUUACCCAACAGUCCGGUUGAUGCCAGUCCACCGCCAUGUUUCUGUACCGACUACUGUCUUCUCAACAAAACGGCAGGAGGUCUUGUUCCUGUGUUAGUGAAAUGAAAACCGGUGUUCUGCGUUUCCAUCGCGGUACGUUUGGUUUGGAAUGGUACAGCCCCGGGUCAGGCUUGUGUUUUCACUGAGAACAGUAGCGUCACUUGGGAGGCGGGACGUGGGCUGUGCUGGGCUGUGCUGGUUGCUCAGCUGACUGCUGUGACCUUGCUGUACUCUGGUACCCAAAGGGUUUUAGUACUAGUCCAAAAACGAAAAUGACGUGCUGUCCUGUACCAAACCAUUCCAAGUGCUCUCGUUAUGCUGUGUUGUGAUUCUGUCAGCUGGUCUGGAGAAAGGAGAGAGAGAGAGGGAGAUGCUGAGUGCUCAUCGUCAGAUGGAUGAGGUGUCAUACAGUCAUACAAACAGUCAGAUUUUGUCCUGAAAUGAAGAAUCAUGUGCUGUUUUUCUUUGUUUGUACAGUAAACUUCUGCCUCUGUUAAGUAAGGCCCUUAUCUAAAGUACAGCAGAUUAAAGGCUUUUACAAAAGAGACUUCUGGUUAUAAUAUGUUAAAUGAAGUGAGUCCUUCUGGUCUCACGGUGUAACAAGAGACUCAUUUACAGCACAUGAUAUCAUUGUGAUUAAUGAUAUAUUAUGAUAUCUUUUUAUUUUUUGUAUUUUUCCUCUGUCUCUCUUUUGAGAGGAAAAGUGAAAACAAAUAUCUCGUAUGUUUCUUCUUCUUCUUAUUUCGACAUAUUCCGCAUCUGUUUAUAAGCGGCAUGGCCCCACCCCCUGUUGAUGUUUUUGUUGCCAUGGUUAUUAUUGUUUAAAGUGUUGGUUUAUAUUAUAUUUAUAUAAAGGAGCAGCAUUUCUAACAGUUAUUAUUAGGUCAGUGUGCUCUGUAAUGUAUUCUUUAUUUCUGUUACACAUGAUAUAACAUGAUAUAACCAUCCACUUAUAUGUUAAUUAUAUCUGUAUCUAUCUUUUUUCCCCUGGUUAUAUGGAAAAGCCCAAUAAAGAUGUUGAACUCAACAGAAAAUACA